AUGGCUUUGUGCAAGCGGAUCUUGCACCCCAUCCCCUGGGGUCGGCUGGCAGUGAUAGCUCGACACCACAGCACCAAUGCAAGACUCCUCGCCACUGCCCCCCAAUUAUCUCCACAACCAGCGGAAUCCCCCAGACUGUCAACUUUGAAGUCUGCGAAGCCUUUCUCCGACUUCCUCACAGAUAAUUUCAAUCGCCAGCAUGACUACCUCCGCAUCAGCGUAACGGAACGGUGUAACCUUCGAUGUCUAUACUGCAUGCCCGAGGAAGGCGUGGAUCUUUCGCCGUCCGCGAAACUGCUCACAUCCCCAGAAAUCUUAUAUCUAUCGUCGUUAUUUGUCUCGCAAGGUGUGACCAAGAUCCGAUUGACGGGCGGAGAACCGACGGUUCGCAAAGACAUCGUGCCACUGAUGCAGGAUAUUGGUAAAUUGCGACAGAAUGGAUUGCGGGAACUGUGUCUUACAACCAACGGCAUCUCACUACAUCGAAAAUUGGAUCCGAUGGUAGAGGCUGGGCUGACUGGAGUCAAUCUCAGCCUUGAUACGUUGGACCCGUUCCAGUUCCAGAUCAUGACGCGACGUAAGGGCUUUGACGCUGUGAUGAAGAGCAUUGACCGCAUUCUGGAAAUGAACAAGUUUGGUGCUGGAAUCAAGCUGAAGAUCAAUUGCGUUGUUAUGAGAGGAAUGAACGAUCGAGAGAUUCUGCCUUUCGUCGAGCUCGGCCGAGAGAAACCGAUCGAGGUGCGGUUCAUCGAGUACAUGCCUUUCAGUGGAAAUAAAUGGAGUCAGGGGAAGAUGUUUUCCUACCAGGAGAUGCUGGAUGUUAUUCGGGAGAAGUAUCCUACGUUUGAAAAAGUGGCCGAUCACAAGAAUGACACGAGCAAGACAUAUUGUGUUCCGGGCUUUGAAGGUCGCGUGGGGUUCAUCACCAGUAUGACGCAUAAUUUUUGCGGCACUUGCAAUCGGCUGCGCAUUACCAGCGAUGGCAACCUCAAGGUCUGCUUGUUUGGUAACUCCGAGGUAUCCCUGCGGGACAUCAUUCGCAAGGAGAACAAUGGGAACCCGAUUGACGUUGAUGCAAUGAACAAUCUGCAACUGUUGGAAACAGUGCAAUCGGCCGCCCGUCUCAGUGAUGAAGGGACUCUGGUCAACGAACGAGAACGUGAGAUCCUCAACAUAAUCGGGAUGGCCGUGAAGCGCAAGAAGGAGAAACACGCCGGUAUGGCACAGUUGAAGGAUAUGAAGAAUCGACCCAUGAUCUUGAUUGGUGGGUAG